AUGACAAUCCCAAACAUCCAUGAAUCCAUAGGUCAAAUCCAAAGUAUCGCAGUCAUAGGAGCAGGCGCAGCAGGUGCAUCUGUCAUCAAAGCACUAAUGUCCGAGAAUAAAUUUCUUCAAAUUCAAGGAUUUGAAAAACGAUCCACAUUUGGUGGAUUAUGGAAUCAUUCCACCAUCACCGAUUCCCUGAUCAUACCUAUCCCCUCCGAGUCCCCUCUGAUUGAUUUACAACCCGUCAAGACCCCUGCAGAUGAAUAUAUCUACCCAACUGCAGUUUAUGAUGAUUUAGAUACGAAUGUGCCCAAAGAUAUCAUGAGUUAUGGGGGUUUGGAAUUCAGAGAGGAAUUACCGAUAUUCCCUGAUCGAAGGGAUGUAUUGGAAUAUAUUAAUGAAUAUAGUGAGGAAAUUCUUCCAUAUGUUAGAUUUAAUACAAAAGUGGUUUCGGUUGAACAAGUGGAAGAAUAUAAAUGGAAAGUUGUUUCUCGUCCAAUCAAUGACUCUACUCAGGGUGGGAAAUUGGAUCAGGAGGAUUUAUGUGAGGUUUAUGAUGCAGUUGUGUUAGCUGCUGGGAAUUAUGAAGUGCCUUAUAUACCCGAUAGACCAGGCUUGGAGGAAUGGAACCAAUCCUUCCCGGGGUCAGUGACCCAUGUUAAGUCGUAUAGAAAUCCGGGUCAGUUUGCUAAUGUCACGGGAGAGAUUAUUAUUGUUGGUAAUUCUGCUUCGGCCGGUGAUUUGGCUUAUCAAUUAGUGUCUGAAUUGAAGCGUCCGGUUUAUAAAUCAAGAAGAUCGGAAACUCUAUUACCGGCUGGGAAAUCCGAUUUGAUAACAGAAGUAGCAGACAUUAAAUGUUUUAACCCAGAUGAGAAGAGUAUUGAACUAGUUGAUGGGAAGAUCAUAUCUAAUGUGGGUGCAGUCGUGUUUUGUACUGGAUAUAUCAAAUCAUUCCCAUUUUUUAAACCCAACCCUGCAUAUCCAUUAUUAACUGAUGGACAUAAAGUUCAUGGAACUUACAAUCAUGUUAUUCUAUAUCAUUAUCCAAACUUGGCAAUUAUUGGAUUACCAAAAUUUGUCUUACCAAUGAGAACAAAUGAAACUCAAGCAUGUUGGCUAGCCAAAGUAUGGGCUGGUAAAGUCAAAUUACCUAGCUUGGAAGCUAUGAGUCAAUGGGAAUCAGAUCGAACUAGCAGGAUGAACGAUCGAUAUUUCCAUAAUUUGAUAUUCCCCGAAGAUGUUCAAUAUUGUAAUGGCUUGAUUGAUCAGAUUGUCAAAUCGGGAGGAAAAGGGUUGAUGCCUCAUGAGUGGAAUAAAGAACAGACUUCGGUUAGAGGUAAUAUGAAGAAGAUUAAAGAGGCAUAUAUUGAAUAUAGGGCAAAGACUGGUAAACGAGCAAGUUCUUAUGAGGAGUUGGUUGAAGCUGGAGUAUUGGAUACCGUAAUGUUAUCUGAUGAUACCCUAAAGGAAUUUGGAUUCACAUUUUGA